AUGCAAGCAUUUGGCUUCCGCAUCAUGCUCUUGACUGAAACUUUCGUAUGUGCUCUCUUACGUGGUUGGCUUAAGAAGAUUUGUGAUGCAGUGUUCGAUCUUUCAUUUCUAAUACUGUAUUUGAUGGACCAAAAUAAGAAUGAUGUCGAGUUGCUUCGUAUUGAAAACAAAGACUUGGUGGACAAACUGCAUAGUUUACAGCAGAAGCGGAAAAACGAUUAUAUAAAGCUUACCGAAUAUGAAAGAGAUCUUGCUGAAUUGAAAUCAUUACGGGAAUUUAAAAUUCAGUUGGUUGAAAACAAUACCAAAUUGUAUCGUCAAUUGCAAAAAAAAGAAAAGGAGUUGAAUGCGUUUGCUAAACUGGGUCAGGAAAAGCUUGCUUGGUUAUCAGAAAUUGAAGAGCGACUUGAACUAGUAACAGUUGAAAAAGAGAUGGCAGAGGAAAAGGCAGAACUUUUGCAGACAGAGCUUGAUAUAGAAAAGCAACAUGUGCAAGAGCUGGAAGUAGAAUUAGGAGUAUUGCGCAGUAAACUGGACAAAGCAGGAACUGAUUUAGUGCAAAAACAGCUGGAAUAUCAAAACGAGAAAUUGCGCGAAGCUGUAGUCAGAUUAAGAGAUAUCUCUGGACUGUUAACUGAAGACAAACGGAAACUGGUUCAAAGAAAUGAAACAUUGAGCAAUGAAUCUUCUGCAUUGGUUAAAAUUUGUGAAAUUUUAAAAAAUAAUUUGGCAAAAGCAGAACAGACUAUAGUUAUGCUAAAUAAUCAGAUUGAAGCAACGGCAUAUAGUGAGCAAAUUAUCGAGAUGUUGACUGAAAAAAGUGUAGAUUUAGAGAAAAAAAUAAGCGAAUUAGAAGAGACGGUAGAAGAUUAUGAAGCAAUCAGAACAAUGGAUGAGGAAAUUCUCGAAUCGCAGAAAGAAACAGAAAAGGAAUUGAAGAAAGAAAUUGAUGUGGCAAACAAUCAAAUCAGUGGUCUUCUGAUACAAAUGAAAAUGCAUGGUAAAGAAGUGGAUAAGUAUGAAGAAGUAAUCACAAAAUUUCGUCGCAAAAUUGCUGAGCUCAAUGAAGAAAUUCAAGAGAAACAAGAUGAAAUCUUCAGAUUGGAAGAAGAAGUAAAAAUGAAGGAAAUUUGUAAUGCAAUGGCGGAGCACAGUUUUCAUAUGACAUCGAUUUCUCGAACAUUUGCUGAAAUUGUGCAUGCAGAAGUGUGUGCUCUUGAGCUGAAAUAUGAAAUUGAAUUGUCGAAUUACCUCAGAGCAUUUUUGCCGGAUAAUUUUGCGAAACAUGGAGGAGAUGCUGAUGCAGUUUUGUUGACUGUACGCUUAUCUCGACUUCCAGCUAAGGCCCAGUUAUUGAAAAAAUUAUUAAAUCAUAAAUAUCCACUUGUACCCGGUGGAAUGCGAUGUGAGCAUGUUACUCAAAGUCACAAAGCGGAGCAGUGGGCUCACUGUGCAAAAUUUAUGUUUUUGUUGAGCGGUCUCGGAGGAGUGGUUCGAAAAUGUGAAAGUAUUGUUCGCCAGUGUUCUGUAGAACGUUUAUUACGGUUAGCUCAACUUCAAACCGAAUUUGCUAAAGAAGAACGAAUAAUCGACGAAUACAUUGAUUUGUUGAAAAGUGAUAAGUUUGAUGAAAAUACUCCAACUGACGGUAUUGAUCAAGCAAUCAGAUAUUUUGAGAAUAUCUUGUCUGUGCAUUUAUCUUCCGAAUGGUAUGAUGCGAAACAAAUGGUUCUAGAUACUUGUGUUCAAUUUUCUGAAGGUCUAUCUUGGGUGAAGAUUAACACUCAGCGUAUCAUUUUUUUCAUUUCCGCACAAGUUAUCAGAAGUAGCAUUGUUGAGUAUAUGGAGGAAAUAUUGGCAUGGGUGGUAAAAAGUGAGCAAUUGUGCAUACGCCUGAAAAACUUCUUAUCCACUGAAAAGGGCUUAGUAAUGACUGAAGAAUUAGGAAGUCAUUUAAUUACAUGGAAUGAAACAUUCCGUAAAGUGGCUUCAGUACUCGACAAUGUAUGCUCCAUUACACAUAUUCAACUUAGUGCUGUUGCAGAAGUUGGCAGUCUGGAAGAGAGUCGCAUUCUAGAAGCUUUUUUAUAUUCAGUAGAGAAAGAGUAUGGUUCCCUAAAUGGCACAGACAUUAAACAGAAUACUUUUUUGGCACGUUCAUCAUUAAUGGAACGAGCAAACGCACGCAAGCAGGAUGUUUUGGAAACAGAAAAACUUCUUUGGAAUCUAGAAAAAAAAGAAAACGAAAUUGCUGAUUUGAAAUUGGCUCUUCGGGCGAAGCUAGUUGAUAUUGGCAACUACAAAUUGCGUCUUGAAAUGGCUGAGAAGAAAAUAGAGUCGAUGGAAAAAAUUGAUGAAAAUGAAAUUCAAAAAUUGUACCAUCAGAAUGAAGCAUUGCGUGAUCAAUUGAAGAAGACAAAGAAAGAAUAUGAUGAUACUCUGGAAACAUUGCAGCGUGAAGUCGAACUUUGUGAAAACGAUAGUGUUGAUCUACGAAACCGUGCUAAAACGAUCAGUAAAAAAGUAUUAUUGAAUGCAAAGGAAAGAAUGCGGCUGUUAAGUGGCUUCCUUCCAAUCACUAUUGCGUCUGAAAUAUGUGGUCCUUUAACAUUGCUCUCAACUCAGAGUCCUGAAAAAAAUGACUUAGAUGCACUGUGUAAACGAGCGGAAGGUAUCUUAGAGGAUUUACGAUUCUGUCAAAUUCCAUAUGUUAUUGAUAUCACUCAGCCGAAAUCAAAGCAAGAUUUUGACAAGGGGAAUUAUGUCUCCAACAUAUUUCAUAUUAACGAACGGAUUGCUGACCUAAAGGUUGAUAUGUACCGAUUUUGGAACAAAUAUCAACAGGGAGAAAAAUUGCCUUCUUUCUUCUGGACUACUAGUACUGUCACUUCUGCUUCCAUGACUUUUCAGAGUGGGAAAAGUGCAACCAAACUUGAUCAUUCCAAAGGUGUGCAUUCAGCAACUUAUAAGAAUGCAUUCGAAUCGCUUUUUGGAGAUUUGCAUGCCGAGCAAAAAAGGUCGCACUCAACAAAAAUUGCUCUGUGUGUUUGA